AUGGCACAGUUAGAGGAUGUCAUCCCAGAGAACAUCAGCUGGGCUGCCGAGGAAGCCCAGGGCAACGAAUCCUCAGAGCACACAUUCUUCUCUCUGGAUUAUCAGCAUGUCCAAGUUCCCUUUGAAAUCACCCUCUGGAUCAUGCUUGCAUCCUUGGCCAAAAUAGGGUUUCAUCUCUACAACAAGCUGCCUUCUGUUGUUCCUGAAAGCUGUUUAUUGAUAUUUGUAGGACUGAUCAUGGGGGGAAUCAUCUACGGCUUCAAUGACAAGUCACCACCUGUUAUGGACAGCGACAUCUUUUUCCUCUACCUCCUGCCACCUAUCGUCCUUGAUGCAGGUUACUUCAUGCCCAGCCGUCCCUUUUUUGAGAACAUUGGGACAAUCCUCCUCUAUGCAGUCAUGGGGACAAUAUGGAAUGUGUUUGGAAUUGGCUUCUCCCUGUAUGGGAUCUGUCAGGUGAAAGCCUUUCGCCUGCAGGACGUGUCGCUGCUCCACAACCUCCUGUUUGGCAGCCUGAUCGCCGCUGUGGAUCCCGUGGCAGUGUUGGCUGUCUUUGAAGAGAUACAUGUCAAUGAAAAGCUACACAUUUUGGUCUUUGGUGAAUCGCUUCUGAAUGACGCGGUGACAGUGGUCCUCUACAAGCUAUUUCGAUCUUUCUGUGAAAUGCCAACCAUCAAAACCAUGGAUGUUUUUGCUGGAGUUGGAAAAUUCUUUGUGGUUGGGCUUGGAGGAGUUCUAGUAGGUCUUACUUUUGGGAUGACUGCUGCCUUUACCACGCGAUUCACCAAGGAUAUCCGUGUCAUCGAGCCACUCUUUGUCUUCCUGUACAGCUACCUUUCCUACCUCACUGCUGAAAUGUUUCACCUUUCAGGGAUUGUGGCCAUCAUUGCUUGUGCCAUGGGCAUGAAACGUUACGUGGAGGCCAACAUCUCUCUGAAGUCUCAUACCACAGUCAAAUACUUCAUGAAGAUGUGGAGCAGUGUUAGCGAUACCCUCAUCUUCAUCUUCCUUGGCGUUUCCACCAUUGGAGAAAAUCAUGAGUGGAACUGGCCAUAUAUUUGCUUCACCGUCAUUUUCUGUCUUCUUUGGAGAGCACUAGGGGUUCUUGUGCUGACUUUCUUUGUGAACAGAUUUCAUGUGAACACCAUCACCAGCAAAGACCAAUUCAUUAUAGCAUACGGGGGUCUCCGAGGAGCCAUUUGUUUCUCUUUGGUUUUCUUGCUGCCUGACUUUCACAGAAAGAAGCUCUUCAUUGCAGCAACAACUGUUGUCAUCCUCUUCACUGUGUUCGUACAGGGAAUGACCAUCCGUCCUCUCGUUGACUUGUUGGCUGUCAAGAGGAAAAGAGAGAGUGCUCCCACAGUGGGAGAGCAGAUCCAUAUUCGGUUCUUGGAUCAUUUGCUGGCUGGCAUUGAAGAUAUAUCUGGACACUGGGGACAGUAUUACUGGAAAGACAAAUUAGAAUAUUUUAACAGCAAAUACCUGCAGAAGAUCCUGCUUCGAGAAUAUGACCAGCCAAAAUCAAGUAUUGUGCUGCUUUAUGAAAAGCUGGAGCGGAAACAUGCCAUCGAGCUGGCAGAAGCAGGGCAGCUGGGGCAUGGCCUGUCUCACCCAUCCUUGACUGUCAUAACAGACAAAAAAUUGGAGGAUACUUUGAAUCCGCCUGUCCUGGAUAACAUACAGGAAAUAUUGGCGAGGAACCUGUAUCGAAUAAGGAGAACGGGACCAGCGUACAACAGGCACACACUUCCCGGAGAGACCGAGCCCGUGGAGCAUGCCAAGGAGAUCCUGAUCCUCCGGCACAAGAGCCUGCAGGUGGAAGUGAGAGGAGGUGAUAUGGUCAGCUCCAGGAAGGAGUCGCAGAAGGAUGACUCCUACUCGGCGCAGGGUGACUCCAGCAUGCAGCCCAAGCUGUGCCGCUCCUUCACUGUGGGAAAUAGAGAAAAGGUUCUGGAAGUGAAGCAGAAUCGGUCAAAGUCAGUGUGUGUCAUCCCACCACCGCAGCCCAGCGGUAUGGCCUGGGGGGAGAAGGAGGAAGUGGAGAAAGAGCUGGCUUUGGAGAUGUGA